AUGUCGACGAUCGCCAAUACCCAGAGCUAUGCUGACUGCGCGGCUCACCACGGUCUCAGGAGAAACCUCGAUUUGGACACAGCUUUUGACAAUAACAACACCACCCUUGGUGAGACCAAGGGAAAGGUGCCGUACAGUGUCAAGCACAGCUACCGUGGCCGGUGCACAGACGCCGACCUGACGAUGCUCCAAAAGCUGGAAUCUCGUUGUCGAUCUCUUUUGCGUCUGCAACACGUCGCUUGGUUCGACGGCGACGCAGACGGCAUCAUCUGGCCGUUGAACACCUACCGCGCAUUCUGCACGCUUAACUUCUGCAUAUUCCUUUCCCUGCUCGCCACGUUCAUCAUACACGGGCCCUUCAGCUAUCUCACGCUGCCCAGAUCCGGUAGGCGCCUCACCGACUGGAUUCCCGACCCGCGCCUGCCAAUCUAUGUCGCCAACGUCCAUCGAGCCAACCACGGUUCCGACAGCGAGGCGUAUGAUCGACGCGGCUACUUGCAGGGGAGAAAAGUCGAGUACGGAAAGAGCAGGGAUAUCAUAAAUCUGUUUGACUUCUUUGGUGUCUUUGCGUAUACAAUCGAAUUUGACGGCUACUGCAGCAAAGGGGGCAUCCUUAUCAUCUACGACGGCUUAGUGUUCCCAGUGCUCGCCUCCCGUCGCCACGAAAAAGGCGCCUUCACGUCAAAGUGCAGCACCUGA